AGGUACAGUAAGGCAAAAACCUGCCUAAACAAAGAGGGGCAGUUGUUUGCUGAGAGUCCUGCCUUGGAGGGGUUUGGGCUUGUGGUCCCUUCAAUUCUAUUAUUCUAUUAUCCCUGCUCAUUUAAUCCCAACAGCAACCCUGUUAGGUGGUUCCAUGUGAGUUCCAAGGAGGAGUGGGGAUUUGAACCCUGGUCUUUCCCAGGUCUUAGUUUAAGACUAACCACUAUGAUACACUGGCUCCCAGGUGUGACUGUGGGUGGGCAAGAUGUCCCCACCCUCAUUGAGCCUCUGAUAUACAGAAGUGCUCCGCUAAGGCAGCCUUCAUCAGCCUGGAGCCCUCCAGAAGUUUUGGACUACAACUCCCACCAGCCCCUGCCAGCAUGAGUGCUGGUGCUGGCUGAUGGGCGCUGCAGUCCCAAGACAUCUGGAGGGCGUCAGUUGGUGAAGGCUGCCCUGAGGUACCAUGGACCUAAGCCAUUUCUUAUUGAGGUCAGUGGCGUUUUUUGUUCCUGUGAGUUAGUGCAAGCUGAUCUGUAUAUUAUAUCCAGAUGGUCAGAGUCUGAAAUCAGUAGUUAGGAUUUUGUGCUGUUUUCUCCCCAAGAACAGGGAUUGGUAGCUGGCAUCCUGUGGGCUGAAUUUUCCCUGGCAGCCUUCUCUUUCUCUCUACACUUCUUGAAACAGCAUGGAGAAAGGGAAAGAGGAAGACCUGAGCAUGUGCGAGGAUGGAACGUAGAGAAGGUAGAGGGGAGGAAGAUCCAUAGCAUUUCAGAUAGUGUGAAGAAGAGAUGAAGAGAGGAAUGGUGGAGGGGGAGGGUGGGCUUUCUGGCAAGCCAUUUUGGGGAUGGGGGGGGUCUCCAGAAACCCCUUCAAUGUGGUCUGCUCCAGGUGGCUAGAUGCUAUGGCCUGGGCAAAGAUCUGAUGACACUGGCAAGCAAUAUAAAAAAGGAGCCCUGCAUUUCGUCCUGCAGAACAUUGGCACUAAUCCAACCCUCCCAGAACAGUUAUUUUCAGAUCUUAAUUAAGUAGCAACUGCUUUAUGUCAGCAAUAUUUGCUUUUAGGAUCAAAUGAUUUUGUGCUUUACAAUUGCUUGGGGGAUUAAAGCAGACAUGGGUUACAUAAAUUUUUGUGUAAGUUUUCUGAAGUCCGGGCAUAAAAGGGUUGGCUUUCUGGCUAAUGUUUAUGCUGUACACAUUCCUGAAUUCUUAACUCAAGACUUCAUCAGUUAGUGGACAGUCUUUUCCAAGGCAGUUUGAAAUUCUUCGAAACCUUUUCCUUUCUUCAACUCAGAGAUGAUCCAUCUCAGUGCAUCCUCACUGAUCUUCCUAAAUAUCAUAUUUUUCAUUGGGGCUGAUACUGUGUUUGGUAAUGCCAAGCCAUGUUCUGCAAUGGGUACUUUGGCCACAACCACUGUGGAAGAGGCAGCCAGUCCAGGAACAAAAAAUAAAUCUUCAGAAAAUCCACAGGAGAAGAAAAAAUGCCACGUGCCCUGUGAUUUUCAAGCUAAAGUGUUAAGAGAAGAAAAACAUUACAUGUGUAGGAACUUGCAGAAUUCUCUAGUUGAAUAUGCAAGAAGUACCAAGAAGAUGAUACGGAACAUGAUGGAUGAUCACCAGUCUUCUCUCGAUUAUCUUUCCGAUCAGGUCAAUGAACUGAUGAGUCGGGUUAUGCUUUUAAACACAGACCUAUCUAGAAAACCAGUUGAUGUUUUUCCUCAUCGAGCUGUUCAGUCUCACGGUUUGGAUUGCAGCGAUAUUAAAGAUACCAUUGGCUCUGUUACAAAAACUCCAAGCGGUCUCUACAUAAUCCAUCCAGAAGGAUCAAGUUAUCCCUUUGAGGUAUUGUGUGAGAUGGAUUUUCGAGGAGGGGGAUGGACAGUAAUCCAGAAGAGAACUGAGGGGCUUGUUGAAUUUCAGAGGACAUGGUCUGACUAUAUGAAUGGAUUUGGUGACCUUGAAGGGGAAUUUUGGCUCGGCCUCCGAAAUAUUUUCCACAUAGCAAACCAGAAAACAGCCAGCUUCAUGCUUUAUGUGGGCUUGGAGGCUGAAGAUGACACGUAUGCAUACGCAUCGUAUGACAGUUUUUGGUUAGAGGAUGAAGCGUGCUCUUUUAAAAUACAUUUAGGACGUUACUCUGGAAAUGCCGGUGAUGCAUUUCGGGGAUACAGAAAACAAGACAACCAGAACACGUUACCUUUUAGUACAUUUGAUAUGGACAAUGAUGGCUGCAAUCCAGCCUGCUCUCUCCAGGAGCAGCCCGUGAAGAGCUGCAGUAACUUUAGUGAGAAAACAGGCUGGUGGUUCAGCCAGUGCGGCCUUGCAAAUCUCAAUGGUGUUCACCGGGUCACAAGGAGGAUGCUGGCAACAGGGAUUCGGUGGGAAACCUGGACAGUGAAUGACAAACCAGUCAAAAUUAGAUCGGUUUCAAUGAAAAUCAGAAGAACAUAUUUCAAAUAACGGAACAAUGCCUGACUUUCUGAAAUUA